AUCGUCUGCUGCAUGUCAGAUCUGUUGCAACGCAGCGUAGUAAACAGUUGUCACGUGUGGGAUGUCGGAAGAGAACCCACGUUUACGUCGAGCUGCCCAGUAUCCAUACUUUUAUACUACAAUAAGUACCGCCGAAAAUGGAAAAAGUGUUGGCGCCUAUCACUUUCUACAAUGGAAGGAAAAUGCCCAUUAUUGGGCUGGGGACCUGGCAGUCAUCUCCAGAUGAAGUGGAAAAAGCUGUUGAUGUUGCAUUACAAGCUGGAUAUCGGCACAUAGACACAGCUGCUACCUAUGGGAAUGAGGCUGCCAUUGGCAGGGCUUUACAAAAUUGGUUUGAGUCUGGAAAAAUAAAAAGGGAAGACCUGUUUAUUGUUACUAAGCUACCACCAGUGGGAAACAGGGCAGAGUGUGUUGAGAAGUACCUGAAGAAGUCUCUUGCUGCUCUGCAGCUGCAGUAUGUGGAUCUGUAUCUUAUACAUUACCCUGUUGGCCUCCAGGAAUUACAAGAUGAAAGCUUUCCGAAGGACAAGGAUGGGAAUAUUUUAUUUGAUAUGAACACGGACCAUAUCAGCCUAUGGAAGGCAAUGGAAGCACAGGUAGACGCGGGUCGUGCCCUGUCGAUUGGUCUCUCCAAUUUCAGUGCCGAGCAGAUAAAACGCAUCUGGCGGUCAGCACGGGUCAGACCAGCGAACUUGCAGGUGGAGCUCCACAUCUACCACCAGCAGCGGGAACUGCGUGCCUUUUGCCGGGCUCUGGACAUCACCAUCGUCUCGUACUUCACUCUCGGUUCUCCUCGCUACUACAGCUACAUUGAAAACCUAGGCUUGGAUGUUAGUAGAAUACCAAAACAACAUCACCUGAGUGAUGCUGUUGUCUUGCGCAUUGCCCAGAAACAUGGGAAGUCAACUGCACAGGUACUGCUUCGGUUUGUCAUGCAGCAGGGAGUGGCCGUCAUACCGAAGAGUACUAAUCCUGAGCACAUUCAGCAAAAUUUUGAUGUAUUUGACUUUGAACUUUCUCCAGAAGACAUGUAUUCACUGGAAGCUUUGGAUAAAGGAGAACGGGGCCGACAAGUGAAUGGUGCAAUUUUUCCAGGACAAGAAAAUCAUCCUGAAUAUCCAUGGAAGUACCGCUAUUAAUGAGAUAUUGUUGUGAAAACAUUGUCCAACAAUGAGAAGACAGUGAAAUGCAGUAGCAUCUUAAUUGGUGGUUAAUGCACUGCAAGAGUUUUAAAUAUCUAGAAAAAACAAUAGUGUAAAAUAAAUGCCUGAGAGCAAUUUCUAAACAAGUGGGACAGUCCAAGGUCACGGAGACACCAACAUUAUCAAGCAGCUGUGUGUCAAUGCAAUACCACAUACCUAGACAGUAAGGCAUUACAGCUCGAGUAUGAUGUCAUACGCUACGGACAAGCCUUUAGCAUUAACUCACUGCAGUGAUAUGAUUGCACUAACAUUUUUGAUGAACAAUGAACACUGCUGACUAAAUUUUAUUCUGGUUGCUCAUCUGAUAUAGAUGAAGUUACUGUGAAUUAUAUUUUUGUAUUAUUAAAACAAAGUGCAAGGUGUUGCAUUUUCUAAAGAUAUUGUAGAAGGCAUAACGUGGUGUGCUUGUUUUAUAGUUUUAUAUGUGGUGAUUUUUUUUUAUUGCCAUAAUGUUUUCAUAACUUUGAUAGAGUAAAUAACAACAAGAAAUGUGCAUCUUGUAGUUGCAAAUAAGUAGCGAACCUGGCAAUUCCGUUUCUCGUAAAUAGCUAGCAAACCUGGCAAUACUUCACAAUUGCUCAAUAUGCAUGGGAAUUGGAGGUACAUCCUAAUACCCAGCUCCCCUCUCCCCCCUUCCUCCUGCCUUCCCCCUCCCUCUGUUGUUCUCCUCCAUGCCCGUUUCUCUGUCAUAUAUAUAGUUGAGAUUUUUGCUAAUAAGAUUUCCUCCUUAUAUAUUACAUGUAUUUAUUUAUAUACUAUAUAUUAAAAACAAAGAUUCUAAGACUUACCAAGCGGGAAAGUGCCGGUAGAUAGGCACAAUGAAUAAAACACACAAACACACACACAGAAUUUCGAGCUUUCGCAACCGGCAGCUGCUUCGUCUUUCCUGACGAAGCAGCCGCCGGUUGCGAAAGCUCGAAAUUCUGUGUGUGUGUGUUUGUGUGUUUUAUUCAUUGUGGCUAUCUACCGGCGCUUUCCCGCUUGGUAAGUCUUGGAAUCUUUGUUUUUAAUAUAUUUUUCCCAUGUGGAAGUUUCUUUCUAUUUUAUUUAUAUACUAUAUAUAUUUAAAAAUAUGUUCAUUAGAGUACUAUAUAAAAAUUUUAAGUGAAUUGGUCAAGAACUUUGUAAUUAUUUUGACCAACAUGUAUUGGCAAUACAUGACUAAUUGUAAUUGAAAUGCAAUUGCCUAUUUAAUUGUACUGCAGACAAAUGGUGAUACUGGAAACCAGUAAUUUAAUAACAAUAAAGCUAGUAUUAACCCA